AUGUCUCAGGAGGUCGUUGCGUCGGCUGCCAGGAGUCGACAAACGGAUCCGUGGGCCUCAGGCUCGCAGCUGCUCUUGCUCCAUGACUUCGAUCCUUCCAGCUCCACCAGCUUGACCGAAAGUUCGGACAGCCACCACCCGAAUGGCAAGAAGGACGCGCGCAUGAUGCCAGUUGCAUGGGCCAAGGAGGAUGUCAAAAAGUAUUAUGCGCAGCUCAAAGAAGUGGCAAAGCAGACUUCUCCCACCAACAGGACUGCUUGGGAUGCUGAUAUUCAAAAAGUGGAGGAGUUGGACCUGGACUCCGAAGCCGAAGAUGAGGCUGACGAUGCAGACGUCGCAGUCACGGGCAAAGGCGAAUCUGAGAGCCACGCGCUAGGCACGUGCAGGCCUUGCCAUUAUGUCUAUGCGAAAAGUGGGUGUACAAACGGUGCUGCGUGUGCUUUCUGCCAUCUGCCACAUCCGAAAAAGUUCAGGCCAAGACCCUGCAAGUCUAAGCGGUCCAAGUGCAAACGUCUAGCGGCGGUUCUGGACAAGGUGUUCGAUGGCGACCCUGAUUAUUUUCAAUCCAUGGUGGAAGAACUUAGCGCCCAAGGCGGAUACCUGAACACGGUUGUCAAGAGCAAGGUGAAGAGCCUCCAAGACAAGACUCAGGAUCCGGGACUCCAGCAAGUCCCGCGAGUUCUGAAACCAGGUCUCGUGUCUCUCUGA